CUUUCUUUGCAUCACAGAACUCAUACAGGGGAGAAACCUUAUAAAUGCUUGGAGUGUGGAAAGAGCUUUAGUCGGAGUAGCACCCUUACUUUGCAUCACAGAACUCACACUGGAGACAAACCUUAUAAACGUUUAGAAUGUGGAAAGAGCUUCAGUCGGAGUGGCAACCUUACUUCGCAUCAAAGAUCUCACAGAGGAGACAAACCUUAUAAAUGCUUGGAGUGCGGAAAGAGCUUCAGUCGGAGUAGCACCCUUACUUUGCAUCACAGAACUCACACAGGAGAAAAACCUUAUAAAUGCUUGGAAUGUGGGAAGAGCUUCAGUCGGAGUGGCCGCCUUACUUCGCAUCAAAGAACUCACACAGGAGACAAACCUUAUAAAUGCUUGGAGUGUGGAAAGAGCUUCAGGUGGAGUUGCCACCUUUCUUUGCAUCACAGAACUCACACAAGAGACAAACCUUAUAAAUGCUUGGAGUGUGGAAAGAGCUUCAGUCACAGUAGCACCCUUACUUCGCAUCAAAGAACUCACACAGGAGACAAACCUUAUAAAUGCUUGGAGUGUGAAAAGAGCUUCAGGUGGAGUAGCCACCUUUCUUUGCAUCACAGAACUCAUACAGGGGAGAAACCUUAUAAAUGCUUGGAGUGUGCAAAGAGCUUCAGUCGGAGUAGCCACCUUUCUUUGCAUCAGAGAACUCAUACAGGGGAGAAACAUAAAUGCUUGGAGUGUGGAAAGAGCUUUAGUCGGAGUAGCACCCUUACUUUGCAUCACAGAACUCACACAGGAGAAAAACCUUAUAAAUGCUUGGAAUGUGGAAAGAGCUUCAGUCGGAGUGGCACCCUUACUUCGCAUCACAGAACUCACACAGGAGAAAAACCUUAUAAAUGCUUGGAAUGUGGAAAGAGCUUCAGUCGGAGUGGCCACCUUACUUCGCAUCAAAGAACUCACACAGGAGACAAACCUUAUAAAUGCUUGGAGUGUGGAAAGAGCUUCAGGUGGAGUAGCCACCUUUCUUUGCAUCACAGAACUCACACAAGAGACAAACCUUAUAAAUGCUUGGAGUGUGGAAAGAGCUUCAGUCACAGUAGCACCCUUACUUCGCAUCAAAGAACUCACACAGGAGACAAACCUUAUAAAUGCUUGGAGUGUGGAAAGAGCUUCAGUCGGAGUAGCACCCUUACUUCGCAUCAAAGAACUCACACAGGAGACAAACCUUAUAAAUGCUUGGAGUGUGGAAAGAGCUUCAGGUGGAGUUGCCACCUUUCUUUGCAUCACAGAACUCACACAAGAGACAAACCUUAUAAAUGCUUGGAGUGUGGAAAGAGCUUCAGUCACAGUAGCACCCUUACUUCGCAUCAAAGAACUCACACAGGAGACAAACCUUAUAAAUGCUUGGAGUGUGGAAAGAGCUUCAGUCGGAGUAGCACCCUUACUUUGCAUCACAGAACUCACACAGGAGAAAAACCUUAUAAAUGCUUGGAAUGUGGAAAGAGCUUCAGUCGGAGUGGCCACCUUACUUCGCAUCAAAGAACUCACACAGGAGACAAACCUUAUAAAUGCUUGGAGUGUGGAAAGAGCUUCAGGUGGAGUAGCCACCUUUCUUUGCAUCACAGAACUCACACAAGAGACAAACCUUAUAAAUGCUUGGAGUGUGGAAAGAGCUUCAGUCACAGUAGCACCCUUACUUCGCAUCAAAGAACUCACACAGGAGACAAACCUUAUAAAUGCUUGGAGUGUGGAAAGAGCUUCAGGUGGAGUAGCCACCUUUCUUUGCAUCACAGAACUCAUACAGGGGAGAAACCUUAUAAAUGCUUGGAGUGUGGAAAGAGCUUCAGUCGGAAUAGCAGCCUUUCUUUGCAUCACAGAACUCACACAGGAGACAAACCUUAUCAAUGUUUGGAAUGUGGAAAGAGCUUCAGUCACAGUAGCACCCUUACUUCGCAUCAAAGAACUCAUACAGGAGACAAACCUUAUAAAUGUUUGGAGUGUGGAAUGAGCUUCAGGUGGAGUAGGAACCUUACUUUGCAUCAAAGAACUCAUACAGGAGACAAACCUUAUAAAUGCUUGGAGUGUGGAAUGAGCUUCAGGUGGAGUAGGAACCUUACUUCGCAUCAAAGAACUCAUACAGGAGACAAACCUUAUAAAUGCUUGGAGUGUGGAAAGAGCUUCAGUCGG